GUCCGCGUCCCGAGAGUUAUGGACAGCGAGUAGUCAACCAACCAACUACAGACGAAGCCACCACCGAAGAAGCACCGAUCCCAGAGAGCUGCGAGCUACGAGCUAUAUUCCCCCCCAGAGAUGGCCAGCCUGAAUCCCCCGAGCUUCGGCUACAUGCGCAACGAUGGCCGCAAUCUCAGCCUGGCGGAGAGCGUGCCCGCCGAGAUCAUGCACAUGGUGGAUCCCUACUGGUACCAGUGGCCUCCCCUGGAGCCCAUGUGGUUCGGCAUCAUUGGCUUCGUGAUCGCCAUUCUGGGCACCAUGUCGCUGUGCGGCAACUUCAUUGUGAUGUACAUCUUCACCUCGUCGAAGGGACUGCGCACUCCCUCGAAUAUGUUCGUGGUCAAUCUGGCUUUUUCGGACUUCAUGAUGAUGUUCACCAUGUUCCCGCCGGUGGUGCUGAAUGGCUUCUACGGCACCUGGAUCAUGGGUCCCUUCCUGUGUGAGCUCUACGGCAUGUUUGGCUCGCUCUUCGGCUGCGUUUCCAUCUGGUCGAUGACGCUGAUCGCCUACGAUCGGUACUGUGUGAUCGUGAAGGGCAUGGCCAGGAAGCCACUGACGGCCACCGCGGCUGUGCUGCGACUCAUGGUGGUGUGGAUCAUCUGCGGAGCCUGGGCCUUGAUGCCGCUCUUCGGCUGGAACCGCUAUGUGCCCGAGGGCAACAUGACCGCCUGCGGAACGGAUUACUUCGCCAAGGACUGGUGGAACAGGUCCUACAUCAUCGUCUACUCGCUGUGGGUCUAUCUCACGCCGCUGAUGACCAUCAUCUUCUCUUACUGGCACAUCAUGAAGGCGGUGGCUGCCCACGAGAAGGCCAUGCGGGAGCAGGCCAAGAAGAUGAACGUGGCCUCCUUGCGGAACAGCGAGGCCGACAAGAGCAAGGCCAUCGAGAUCAAGCUGGCCAAGGUGGCGCUGACCACCAUAUCGCUGUGGUUCUUCGCCUGGACCCCGUACACCAUCAUCAACUACGCGGGCAUCUUCGAGUCCAUGCACCUGAGUCCGCUGAGCACCAUCUGCGGAUCGGUGUUUGCCAAGGCGAAUGCGGUGUGCAAUCCCAUUGUCUACGGGUUGAGCCACCCCAAGUACAAGCAAGUACUAAGGGAGAAGAUGCCCUGCCUGGCCUGCGGCAAGGACGACCUCACCUCGGACUCGAGGACUCAGGCCACCGCGGAGAUCAGCGAAUCGCAGGCUUAGGCGAUUCGGAGACGACGACGACGACUGCAGACGUAGGGAAGAAGAACAACCGACAGCUCUAGAUCUACAAAGGAGACUCAACUAUUUUGCAAAAGACACCUCAAGGAAAACCCAAAAAAAAGAUGGCAAUGAAAAAUGUAAAAAAAAAUCUAGUAAAAAUAUAACAACUGCAAUUGAUACAAAAUCAAAA